GAACCACAGGAACGGGUGCGGAGGGUGAGAACGAGGCACGAGGCCUCACAGCAGCGCGCGAGGCAAACAGGAAGCGGAGAAAAACAAGCAAAAGCACCGUCAGACAGACGUUUAAGCAGCGAGCAGACGUCGGCGAUGAGGUCAUAGCCGGUGUGUGGGACUGAGCGGGCACGCGGCCAGAGUGACGGUAUAAGCGGGCUGAGCCCACGGCCCACGGCCUCCCCGCCGCCGCGCUGCUCGAGCCCUAAUCCCAAUCAGGGGGAUUUGUGUUGGAGGUCAUUACUGGAGCAGCACAUAGAAAAGGACGCGGGCGCAGCCGCCAAUGCGCAUUCAUUCCUUAAGUGCGGCGCAUUUUGUGCGGUCCGGCGGCCGCGUGCACAAUCACGUGCGAUUAUCUGCCGGCGGCAUGCGAACAAUGUCCGCGCCGAAUUCCGCGCGAGACCGAAACGCUGAUAAUUGCCAUGGCGACCCCGCGUGCGCACCCCGGGCACGCGCUCACCAUUCUUCCCUGUGUUUGUUUACCUCCCAGUUCGACGGCCUCCGCAGGAACAGCAUAGGCGUGUAUAGAAGGAACUAUUUCUCCAUGGCUGUUGCAUCCGCCUCUCUGGCGGUGCCCUGUGUCCUAUUGUGCUCAGACUCCAACGUUAGCAACGGGACAUGCGCUUCUGCGGCCGCCGCCGCCGCUCUGGCUCCUCCGCUCAGCCCGGUGGAGGUGGAGAAGGCGGCCGCCACCAUCCAGACCCAUUUCAGGAAGUUCCAGCAGAAGAAGCACAAGAACGGCAAGUAGCCGGACAGAGAGAGGGCGGAGAGAGCCCGGAGGGUGGAGGCACCGUGAAUGCGUCGAGCCGAAUGAAAACGAAAAGUUUUGGAUCACUAAUAUUCAGUAAUACUCAUUAAUAGCUGCUUGUACAACAUAUUUAAUCUUAAAGUGAAUAUAUUUAAAUGAAUGGCUGUUAAAAAUAUAUUUCAUUCUAUAAAAUGACUGUGUGAGUGACUCUGUAAAUAUGAUUCCAUUUGUAUAUGAUCAGUGUUUUGUUUCUAAAAAAUAAAACUUGACAAUAA